UCGGUUUCACACACACACUCACAAUUACGCGCGGUGUAGCUGGUAGUACAUCUGUGUUGCUGCUGACUCCGACUUACUGAUUGCGCUUUGCCAGUUUCCGAAUAUAAACACUGACAGAGUUGCGAUUGAAGGGAGGAUCACAACAAGACUGUACUGUGCAGACAGAGUGAGGUGAAGAGAGUGGUCGGGGAAACUUUUGACAGCCAGCAGGCUACACAACAGAGGAGCAGCGAGAGGGAAGACGGAGUCACAGUCGGACGGCCACUUCAAGGAUGGAGGAGGAUUGCACUGUCAAGACGUCAGUGGCCGAGCUGGCUGGACGGUUCAAGGGUCACCCUCUGCCGAUGCCCAUGCCAAAUGAUGAGAAGAGGCCUAUUAGGAGACGGCCACCGUCUUCCUUAAACUUCCAGAACAAAAAGGAUGGUGAGAGUGAACCAGAGCGACCGGCGAUUGUUUCACCGCUUGCUGCCAAGGGCAAGCUAAAGAACUCCCCACUGUUCGAGAAAAUCCAGGCGAACCUGGCUCUGUCCCCCACGGCCCUGAGUCCAGAGGUGAAGCUACAGGCUCCGUUCCCCGUUGUCCCCCCCGUGGGCUCCUCUCCGUCCCCCUGUAGCCCCCUCAGCCCCACCUCACUACGCCCCACCCCCACCCCCACACACACACAGACCAACGAGGAGGAGGUACCCGUCAGCUUUGAGCAGCCCGCGGAGGGCACACCACUCCCUAGCAUCAACAAGUGUAGAGCACGUCUGUCCUUCAAGCGGCGGCCCCCUACGCGUCAGCACCGUAAGUCUGCGAGCGAGGGCCCAGACUUCUCCCCUACGGACGAGCCCAAUGGUGACGCAGCUGACGUGUUUGACGCGCCCACAGAGGGACGCACCUCCCCACAGCCCUCAGUCGUCAAGGAAACCUCAGAAGAACAUGCGGAGGAGGAAGAGAAGAAGGAGGCAGAGAAAGACAUGAAAGGCAAAGAGGAGGAGAAGAAGUCUGCCUGGGAGGAGAGCAAGGCCCAGGAGACUCAGGGGGCAGGAGGUGCUGAGGAGAACCAGCAGGAGGAGAAGCCUGGAGCUGCUCUGACGAUAGAGAACAGCUCCACUCCUGAAGGAGGCGAUAGCAGUGCAAAGAACUAAAGCCACAAGAAAAACACUGGACACUGAGGAAGUUAUCGCAAUCAAGCCAAAAAGCCAUCCAUCCAUACAUGCAAUCGCUGAAACCACUUUCAUGAUAGUGGAUCGACACUGGUGUGGCAGAAACCAAAACAAGAAGGAGAAGCAAGCCUCCAUUCACCACAAACAUAAAAUGGGACAAGGAAUGGCAUGGGGUGGCCUCAAUCUUGCCGGGGGGUAAUUCCAAGAUCCUGGCUCAGUAGUAAACCAGGUUUAGUUAAACCUUGAGGUCGUGGGAAAUCUUCUAAUAGAAGAGUCUAGAAUACUUUUUUAAUAUGAUGUCUGUGGGCUGUCUAUUAGCAGGUUUACCACCUCCCGUAGCUGAGUCAGGUUGAUCACUUAACCAUGUUCUUGGAAUACUCCAGAAAGACUGUUUGUUUUUGCUGUUGCUGUUGCUGUUGUUGUUGUUGUUGUCAAUGUUCUAUUUUUUCUCGUCACAUUGAUCUCCAACCUUGUGGUUUAUUGUAUGAUCGAUCACGUAGCUGAAGUCUGUUGGGGACUGGAGCCUUCAGAGAAACACAUUCAGGUGUUUCACAGCACAAAACAUGUGGGCUGGGGGGGAAAAUCCCAGAUACUUGUUCAAAAACUGCAAGAAGCACAAAAAACAUAUAAUUGGAAUAAAACAGAUGUAACCAAAACUUGCAUUUUAUAUAUUACUGUCCACAAAAAAACAACAAAAAACAAAACAAAUCUAAUGUUCAAAAAUGCUUUUAUUGUAUUACAUUGUUAUUGGAGUCCGAAGGAAAACACAAUUUGGAGCUUUCUACUUCUACCUAUGUGUAUUGUCUAACGAGUGAAUAUGUUUGAUAAUAAUGAGGACCACCAUUUUUUUUGUUUUCGCUUAAUGGCUUAUGUACAACUUUUCAAAUGCCUUUUUUGGGGGGUGGGCGUGAAGAGAGAAGGGGUAUUUGUCCAGCUAUGUCUUUGUCUGUUACAAAGAGGGUUUUUAUGCAAAUUUAAAAGAUGUCAUUGGCAGACAUUGCAAGAGGGCCUUGGAGUUUGUCUGUGACUUGAAUGAAAAAACAAAAUCCAAAAAAAUGUUACAAGAAAAGACUGCAGAACCCUGCAGGGAAAAGGACAAGGCAGUUUAGUAGGCUAUACGUACAGUUGCUGUGUUGUACCACAACAUACAGAGUAUGAUAUAGCCCAGUAGACACACACACACACACACGCACACACACACACACGCACAUGACCAUCGGACUUCCUAGCUUGAUGAAGCUUCAAUUAAAUUAAUCAAAUGCCUCCCCACCCAUCAUCAUUAGACCGUCUGUGCGCAAUGCCAGUUUUUACCUGAUUGCAACAUUAGACCUUCUAGAGUAUGCAGUAUAAAGUUCACAUAGCCUGCUAUCUCAUAGGUCAAGAGGAAGAAUCCCUUAUUAACCCCUGUUUUCCCUGCAGGGUUUUGCAUGGUACUGUCCAUGGAGGAUAGUCAUUUCUACACUGUUUUCAGCUACUCUUACAGGGGGACAUGUCUUUCUCUCUGUUGUUAGGACAUACAAACAUUCUCAACUGCUACUGUAGAUUAUGAUCUUAUAUUGUAAAUAUCAAAAUCGAAUAAAGAGCUUGAUUUAUAUUUUAAAACCA